AUGUCGUCUAUAACCGCUCCCGCCGUCCCUCCGGUGGCCCUCGAGACCAUCACUCAACACAUUGGUAAUACGCCUCUAGUACGGCUGAAUAGAAUACCGCGCAGCUUGGGCAUCGAGGCCACGGUGUAUGCGAAAUUGGAAUUUUUCAACGCAGGGGGAAGCGUGAAGGACAGGAUUGCUUUGCGCAUGAUUGAAGAAGCAGAGCGGUCGGGGCGCAUCAAGCCCGGUGAUACUUUAAUUGAGCCUACUAGUGGAAACACUGGCAUUGGUCUUGCUCUUGUCGCCGCUGUCAAAGGCUACAAGACAAUCAUCACUCUCCCCGAAAAGAUGUCUGCUGAAAAGGUCGCUGUACUGCGAGCCUUGAAUGCCACCAUCAUUCGUACACCCAACGAAGCUGCUUUCGACUCUCCCGAAUCUCACAUCGGUGUGGCGAAGCGCCUUGAGAAUGAGCUUCCAAACGCGCAUAUAUUGGAUCAAUAUGGCAACGUGAACAAUCCGUUGGCACAUGAGCUAGGGACAGCUGAGGAAAUCUGGACCCAGACGCAAGGACAGAUCACGGCUAUCGUUGCCGGUGCAGGAACCGGCGGAACUAUCACCGGUCUAGCUCGUGGCUUAAAAAAGCAUAAUCCCCGUGUUCAGGUCAUAGCUGCUGACCCUCAUGGUUCGAUCUUGGCUCUCCCUGCUACAUUGAAUCAGGAGCAUCUUAAUGAGCCCUACAAAGUGGAAGGAAUCGGCUACGACUUUAUUCCCGAAGUCUUGGAUCAGAAACUCGUUGAUAAGUGGUACAAAACUGCUGAUAAGGAGUCUUUCCAGUACGCUCGUCGCCUAAUUGCAGAGGAAGGGCUUCUUGUUGGCGGAAGUAGUGGUAGUGCCAUUGCGGCUUUGGUUCAGGCCGCCAAAGACCAGAGAUUCGGCAAGGAUGAUGUGGUAGUUGUAGUCUUACCGGACAGCAUAAGAAGCUACCUUACCAAGUUUGCGGAUGAUGACUGGCUUGCUGCGAACGGGCUAUUGACAGCUCCCGCCACUGCCCCAGCAUCUUUGUCUCCAACGCUGAAGCCUCAAGGACAACAAAAUGCAUUUUCCGGCUCAAAGGUCAAAGCUCUGAGACUCAAACCGAUUACCACGGUUCGGUCGAACAUUCCAUGCGAAACCGCCAUUGAGAUGAUGCGUGACAGAGGCUUCGAUCAACUUCCUGUUUUGGCAGCCUCUGGGAAGAAGCUUGUUGGGCUUCUCACCUUGGGCAACAUUCUAAGUCGGCUUACCCACGGACGUGCUACAGGCAAGAGCCCUGUGGCGGAUGUCAUGUUCGACUUCAGCAAAAUACCUGAAGUCGUCACGGAUCCCAGAGAUAUGGGCAUGUCGAAGCCCCAGGACGCCCAACAGACAUCUCAGAUCAAGAAUCGGAAAUUUGUUGAGAUCACCAUGGAAACGCCCCUCAGUGUGUUAAACCGAUUCCUGGAAUGGAACAGUGCAGCCGUUGUCACCGAGAGAGGCGAGAACGGAGCGAUGAAGCCAGUCGCAGUUGCCACGAAAGUCGACCUGUUAAGCUGGAUGCUUCGUCACAACGAGGAUGGCGCCUCAGAGUCUCAAUAG